GUAGUGAAAGCAUCGGCUAAAAAGUCUACGUCAACUCUUCCCAUAUCACCAACCUCUAUUCCUACAGCUAUAAACAGCUGCUAAUUCUGUAUUGAUUCAAUAUCGCUAAAUAACCAGCCUCAUUCCCGUCUAAGUAGCCAUGGCGUUCUGUGGAAUCCAAGGCUUUCCUCUUGAGGUCACUGUCGUUGCUUGUUACAAUUUGGAAGACAAGGAAUGGAUAUCAAGACAAGACCCAUAUGUUAGUGUUGAGUAUGGAAACACUAAGUACCGAACCAAAACGUGCACAGAUGGAGGCAGGAACCCCGUUUUUCAAGAAAAGUUCAUUUUCACACUUGUUGAAGGCCUCCGGGAAUUGAGCGUUGUGGUUUGGAACAGCCACACCCUCUCUGCUGAUGAGCAUAUUGGCACCGGAAGAAUCCAGCUCCAUAAAGCCCUUUCCCAAGGUUUUGAUGAUGCUUGCUGGCCCAUACAGAGCAAAACUGGCAGGCAUUCAGGGGAAGUUCGGCUUAUGUUACACUACUCAAAUCCCAAUCAACAUAAAGGGAAAAUGACACCAUCAGAUUUAGGAUCAAAAUAUGCAUCGCCACCACUGAACCAGGUUCUGCCAUACCCUUCCAUGCCACCAGCACCCGCUGCUCUUUAUCCUGCUACAACUACCUACUCCUCCCCUUCUCCGUACACGGGGUACUCUCCAAACCCUGCGAGCUAUCCGCCGCCGCCUCACAUUCCUACUCCAGCUGGCUACCCUCCGCAAGCGAAUUUUCCUGCAGCCUACCCUCCCCAAGCAUAUCCACCUGCUCCACAGCCCUCAACGUACUAUCCUACAGGUGCAUCCGGGGUUUAUCCACCACCACCACCAGGAAUAUAUCCGCCGCCGCCGUACUGAGUUUUUUUUAUUGGAUUUCUUUUUUGGGUUAAACAGAUAAUCUGCAGAAGAAAUAAAAUUAUUUCUCUAGUAAAUAAAUUUACUCGACUGGGAGCGCAAUUUCUACCGUCCCUUUCCUUUUCUUAAAAAAUGUGAUUGCUUUAAUUAUAUACAUGAUCAAUGAAUUAGUUCUCCUUCAGCUCAAGCAAUUGUAUGUGAUUGACUUUGAAAUUCAUGUGAUUUAUUAAUAUCCCGACGUUGGUGUUUAUCCUUUCAUUUUCCAAAUAAAAUCGCUGGGUUGUCAG